CUCUGGAAAGUGAGCUCGAGUCCACUUCUGCGCAUGUGCCUCCGGUUUUCAAACUUUCCCCCCCCCCCCUUUGCCGCGAGCUUGGCGGGUUGAGGGGACGGCUCUGAGAGUGCGUGGGAGCUUGGAGACACUGACCCGAGUGUCUGUGGCGUGUCCGCCCUUCGACUCCCCAGUCCACCAAGAGCAUUCCGAGACGUCUCCCCUCACCCAGCGACCCGGCUUGGGUCGGCCAGCACCAUUCGCUCCACACGCGUCGCCCCCUUCCCCACCACGGACUUGGGCCCAUGAGGCCGGGGCCCUGUGGUGUGGCCAUGGCUUCCUCUGACCUGGAUCACCUGAAAAUUAGCUACAGAACAAGAUUUUGCUAUACUUCUAGGGUUCCUGAUACUGAUCUAUGGCAAGGUCCAAACAUACUGGAAAACAUACAAGACUGUUUUGAAGAAAAAAACUCUUUUUUAGGUUCUGAUACUGGCUUUAACACAAAUCCUGGAAGUCCAACUCUUUGUUCUACUCCUUGCAAAUUAAGAAAUGAUUCUUAUUCAUCACCAAACAAAGAGUGCCAUAUAUCAUCUUCAAAGUCUGAUAGGAUUUCUUCAAUGAAAAAGAAAGCUAAAACCUCAGCCUUUUCACCGCAGUCUGUUAUGUUACAAAAUCAAACGAGUAACAGUUCAGUUAAUAAUUUUUUCUUAGCACCAUCCCCUGAGGUCCCUCCAAAAUUAUCACAAGGUGAUGUAAUUGGUUUGAAGAAUAUACCAAAAUUAAGAUAUGCUUCAAGUGGAGCUGAAGAAUUUAAUAAAAUUCCUAAUGAAGUUCUGGAAGAGUUUUAUUUAACAGUUGGAUCACCUGGUCUUUUGGCCAAGGAAACAGAGAUAUUGCCAUUACCUCAGCAAGCUACUCCUACUGCACAUGAUGGGCGGAGUCGUAUGUUUCGAAAUUCAGUCAUCCAACAACCUUUGCUUCCCAAAUCGAGUCUUAAAGCUAAAAAGAGCUUAAACUGUGAAGAUAUAGCAGUUUGGUCUGCCUUGAAGAAAGGAGAAAAAGAUGUUAAAGUGUCAGAAGGACGACAAAAGAGGAAACAAUCAGAAUCUUCUGAGCAAACAACACAAGAUCCAAAACAGAAAAUUCAACAAAAAACUGAAAUGAGUUUUUCGACAUUACUUUUAGAAGCAGCAAAAAGGAACUGUAGAAACAGUUCUGUCCUUAGGCAUGUGUCAUCGCCACAGAUCCAUUCUCCUUCUCCCCUUUCAAAUGACUUAGAAUCAUCAAAUGAUGAAUUUAUAAUUGAUGAAUCAGAUUGCUCUUUCUCUCAAAACUGGAUUUUAAUACCUAACAAGAACAACAAGCCUGUGAAACAGAGCAAGACAGCUCCAGUGGAGAACUCCCAGGACCCAGAAAGAAAAAAGUCAAGGGCAGAGCAACAGAAAGGAGAAAAAUGCAGCUCAGCAAGUGAUAAACACCCUAAUGCAGAGAAUGGAAUUUCAGAUGUUAUUAGUGGAGAGAAGACCUCAAAAUCUGUAAAACAUAAAGCUCGAACAGUGGAGAAAUCACAGUCCUCUAAAAGAAAAAAAUCAGACAGUUUAUCUGGUGAAGUGGAAAAUGCUUCUGAAUCCACAAGACAUAAAAUAUAUUCUGAGGAAUCAGAACAAUUUUUGGAAAAUAAAAAGGCUGUUGUGCAACGCCAGAAUGAAAAAUGUGAGACCCAAAUAGAUAAUAGACAGUCUGAUGAAGGUCUAGUUAAUUUUGCUGAAGAAAACCAAGAUAGUUUCCACAGUGAGCAAAAUAUUGCAGAAGUAGAUACUGCCUUAAGAACUACUAAAUCCAAAACUAACUCAGUGGAGAAAUCACAAACUACAGAAAGAAGAAAGUUCAGGAAACGCCAGAAUAGAGAAUACAAGUGCAAAGUAGGUGUGAAGCAGCAUGGCAUAGAGCAGACCAAGAAGAGAAGAUUUAAUGUGUCACAAACAAAUCAAGACGAGCUACAAAGGAAGUCUCACAGAAGUUUGGAAAAACGGGAAGAAAGAGCAGAAUCUUGCCACUCUGCAGAACAAACACUGUCUGCUGCUGGAAAAGGAAAAAACAACAAUGGUACUGCUCAGCAAAUUCAGAAAAAAGGACAUUUAAAUAAGACAGCAUCUAAAAACCAACAAAUGUCUAAGAAGAGAGAAAUUAUACUGAAACAAAACCAAUCUCCAAAGUUCACUAUUACUAGAAGUCAGAGAAUUUCUAAGCGUCCAUCUAAUUGGUGGGUAGUGACAGCAGAAGAGGGCAAUCUUUUUUAUAGUCCUGCUUUAGAGUUACCAGUAAACCAUAAAAAAAACCCCAAACCAUCUAAAGAAACAAAAAAAAUACUUAUCAAGACUUUGGAGAAAGGAACUAUUUCACCCAAACAACAGAAAUCAUCUAUUUGUGCCAAGCCAAAAGAAGCAUCUAUUCCAAACAAACAAAAAAGAAAGAAAUUAUCAUAUUCAAGUGAUGAAAAUUGUGAUAUGGCACAUACAGUUCCCAAACUGGAUGAACAAGAAGGUUCAUUGAAAGAAACUCCAAGAAAGAAAAAUGUUGCCUGUUCUAGUACUGCAGAACCCCCUAAGGAACGUAUCAGUGAUGUUCAAAAUGUUAAUCUGACACCAGCAAUGCCAACAUCAGAUUCUAAAACCUUUGUGACUUCAACCAUGGAAGAAAGUGGACCAGCCAGGUUAAGGAAUACCGUUUUAACAUCUACAAACGACAAAAUCCUUGGAGAUGAACAGGAAUGUGGUACAAACCUUCCUGACAAAAUGCCAUGUGUUCGUCGUACUACAAGAAUUAAAAUGAAACCUUUGGAGUACUGGAGAGGAGAGCGAGUAGACUCUGAAGGUGGACUUGUGGUCAAUGGGACAAUAUGUAAUGACAGAGUUUCACCCAGAAAGAAGUCUAACAGAAAAAGGGAAAAAGUUAAUACAGAUUCUUAUGAAGAUGAACAAAAAAAGAAAGCAAUUGCUGCUCUGAAUGUAUCUCUUGGAGAUCCUUUAAAACCAACUUGUGUAUUCGACCCAGGAAGAGAACAAAUGGUUUUUAGGGACCUUGUGAAGCUUAAAGGUACACAUGAAUUUUGUGUUCAGGAUGACACAUUGAAAAUGUUUAAAAUUUUGAAUACUUCAUUGUUUGCCACUGGCACAUUGAUCUUGGAGCCCUUUAAAGAAAAAGGAAAACAGUAUGUCUGUUCAGAUACAGUGGUAUUCUUUAUUGUCUGUGGUGAUCUUAUAUGUACUUUACAUGAGACAUCUUACAAUUUAACUACUGGAGAUAUUUUCUAUGUUCCUUCAGGUAAUUUUUACAACAUAAAAAAUCUCCUGAAUGAGAGAAGCAUUCUUCUUUUCACUCAGAUAAAAAGUGAAAGACCAGAAAAGUAAAAAACUAUAUGUGCAUACAUAACAUUCUUGUAUAGGUGGACCAUUUUCCUGGGAGUCACUUUUUUUGUGUAUUUGGAAUUACAAACAUUCUAUUUU